AACGGGCCCGGGCCCAGGGCUUUGAAGGCCCCUCCCUGAGCUACCGCGAUCUUGACCGUCAUGAUGGGUAUCACAGGGGGCACAGCUGCAGGUGCCACGGGUGCCAUGGCAACAGGCCUCCAUGGGUGCCAUGGCAACAAAUGUCAUAGGUGACAUGGCAACUGAUGCCACAGGUGUCAUGGUAAUAACUCUCCAUAGGUGCCAUGGCAACAAAUGCCACGGGUGUGAUAGGUGCCAUGGCAACUGAUGCCAUAGCAACAGACACCCUGAGUACCACGGCUACAGACUCUGGAAGUGGCAUUGAACGGAGUAGGAGAACCUGUGCAAGCUGCAAAGAUGCCCGUACAAAGCGUGAGUACAAUGAAAGCCAUGUGAUUACAGCAAGAAGGGUUAAACAGAAUCCUGUGGGGGACUAUCUGGUACCUGAAUCAGUUGAGCUGGAGUGUGUCAAAUAUUGUGUCGUCUAUGAUGGCAAAACCAGCUCUUUGGAUGAUAUCUAUUACGAUGAUUAUGGAGAGAAGGAGGAGGGUGAAAAGGGGACUAAAGCUGCCUCAGAGAUGUCAGGAUUUGAAUCCAGUUCUUCGGGUUCACAAAAUGCUGAGGUAGGGGCCGCCAUCCAGUGUGCCAGAGUCUUAGAGCAGUUCACCCGCCACCCAGUCCUCAUCCUGAAAGGAGGGUAUGAGCGCUUCUCUGCGUGCUACCAUUUCUUGAGGACUCAGAAGAUAUUCUGGAUGCCUCAGGAACUGGAUGCUUUCCAGCCAUAUCCUGUAGAGAUAUUGCCUGCUCAGUUAUAUAUGGGAGAUUACAGGCAGGCCUGUGACCAACAGAUUCAGAAGGAUCUGAAAAUCAAAGCACAAGUCAACAUCUCAGAGGAGAUUGCAACACUUUUCACAGAUGAAAGCAAAGCACUUCUUCAUGUUUCUGUGGCAGAUUCCCCCGAUGCAGAUCUUUUUUCCUUUUUCCCCACCAUUUGUCACUUCAUAGAUGCUAAGAUGGCUCUUGGAGCAGUUCUGGUUUUCUCUACCUUGGGUCUAAGUCGGAGCAGCACGGCGGUAAUGGCCUUCCUCAUGCAUUCAUCCCAUUAUCCCUUAAAGAGGGCUUGGAAAUACAUCCAGAAAUGCAAAACAAACAUGAGACCAAACCGUGGCUUUGUGCAACAGCUGUCAGCCUGGGAAAGCCAAAUCUAUGGGUCAGCAAUCACAGAUAUCUCCGAACCACAUUACUGACAGGCAGCAAGGAGAACAUCCAACAAGCAAAGAAGCCUUUCCGUCUGUACCACAGUUUAACUUGGGCUGUACUGUUUAGAAGGAUUUCCAGAAGUGAGCGCUGUAUGCAAUGCCGAAGGCACGUGCUGAUUUACAAUGAAAGGGAAAACAGUCGAUGAAGUUAGCACCCUACGAGGAAAAUACACAAGGAAAGAACAUCCA